UAACGAAUUAGUUUACAAACACAUCCAGAACCAGAGGUGGGCUUUUGUUCCUUCAUUUGGCACGUAACAUGCAAACUGUGCAGCCAAAAAGAACACGUAGAAUGUACGUUUAAAAAAGCUAGCCGUUCUUAAAAUUUUGCGAAGCAUCUCAGACUCAAACUCAAAUCCAUGGAUUCUGCUUUGUUUACUCAUCCCUUGUUUUCUCACAUCUUCACCAGCUCAAGUUGGCACCCAUCUUUGGUGGCUUUUCAGAGAGCUGGAAUUUGCCUAUACAAGCACAGGUUGUUGAAUCGUCCCUGUUGGGCUGCCGGGGUGCCUGGAAUUGGAGCUAAAAAUCUGUUUGAUGAUAGUUCUUUGAAGGGGAGUGAAAAUGGGUGUGUGUUGGGGGCCUUUGAUGAUGAGUUGGCUUCAGCGCCAUUUGGGACUCUAGAUGCUAAAAUUACUCCGGAAACCAUUGAUUUCUUUGUCAGCGACGCUGAGGGUGACCCUGACUGCCCAUCUGAGGGGUACUUUUCAAUUGAGCAGGCACUUAAUACACUACGCCAAGGAAAGUUUGUGAUUGUUGUAGAUGAUGAAAAUGGAGAUAUUGAAGGAAACCUUGUCAUGGCAGCAUCUCUUACGAGUCCAAUGGACGUGGCAUUUAUGGUCAAGCAUGGAUCAGGAAUUGUUUCGGUAGGAAUGAAAGAUGAGGAUCUUCAAAGACUGAAGCUUCCUCUAAUGUCACCGGAAACUGAGGAUGAGGAUUCUUCAGCCCCCACUUUCACAAUCACAGUGGAUGCAAAGACUGGCACUUCUACUGGAGUAUCAGCUUCAGACAGGGCAAAGACAGUUCUUGCUCUCUCAUCUCUUGAGUCAAAGCCAGAAGACUUCCGAAGGCCAGGCCAUGUGUUUCCUCUUAAGUACAGGAAUGGAGGGGUUCUUAGGAGAGCCGGUCACACGGAGGCUUCUGUAGAUUUGGUUUCACUGGCUGGCUUGAGGCCAGUUUCUGUUCUUUCAGCUAUUGUUGACGCAGAUGAUGGUUCAAUGGCAUCCUUGCCUGGUUUAAGAAAGUUGGCAUUGGAGCACAACAUUCCAAUUGUGUCAAUAACUGAUUUGAUUAGGUACAGGAGAAAGAGGGAAAAUUUGGUUGAAAGAACUGCUAUUUCACGUCUGCCCACUAAAUGGGGUCUAUUUCAGGCAUACUGCUAUCGCUCAAAGCUAGAUGGAACAGAACAUAUAGCGAUUGUGAAGGGAAACAUUGGCCAUGGACAAGAUGUUCUAGUAAGAGUUCACUCAGAGUGUUUAACCGGGGAUAUACUUGGGUCAGCUAGGUGUGAUUGUGGCAACCAGUUGGAUUUGGCAAUGAAGUUAAUAGAACAAGCUGGUAGAGGAGUUGUUGUUUACCUUCGAGGUCAUGAAGGCAGAGGAAUAGGCUUAGGUCACAAGCUUCGGGCGUAUAAUUUGCAGGAUCAAGGUCAUGACACAGUCCAGGCCAAUAUAGAACUUGGGUUAGCUGUUGAUGCACGUGAGUACGGGAUUGGUGCCCAGAUUCUAAGAGACGUUGGAGUUCAAACAAUGCGGCUAAUGACCAACAAUCCAGCCAAGUUCACUGGUCUGAAGGGAUACGGUUUGGCAGUCAUUGGGAGAGUUCCUGUGUUGACACCAAUUACAGAGGAAAACAAGAAGUACUUGGAAACAAAGCGUACCAAGAUGGGUCAUGUUUAUGGGUCUGAUAUACAUGGUCCAUUAGCAGGAUUCACCAACUCAAAUGAAAAUAACCCAGACCAACCAGAUAGCUAAUGUUAAUUGAAUUUGUUAUUUAAAAAAAUAAAAUAAAAUAAAAUUAUAAACGAAGGGCAACAAGAUUUGCUGCUAAGGAGAGCAACAUUGGGAAUGCCUCUGGCUUGGGAAGCCCAGACAGCCGGAUACUUCAUUUCAGAUGCCAUAUUUGUGUUAUAUCGGUGUCCGUUAUGUUAUAAUUUUUCAGAAAGUACUCGUGUCGCCGUGUCAUACCUAUACGCUAUACCCAUAUCCAUAUACGUGUCCGGCUUCUUAGCCUCUGGCCCUCUAUCGUUAAAUCUUAAAUUAAACAAAGGGCAAUGUUGUAGAGAUAAUGGUUUGAUUAAUUAGAAACAUUCUUGCCUGAAUUCAGUUAUAAUUAGCAUUGGCACGCUCUUGUGCA